CGUUCAACCAAUGAAUGUGCGUUAUUCUGUAACAACAGUAGCAGUGAUUGAUGCACGUUGAACUGUAAUGUGGCCAUUCCUGGUAUCAUACCAAAUUCCUAUUCUGGUAAGAUUUCGUACAUGUUGCGCUCGUGGCCGCCGUGGGUCAUGGAAAAAGCGCGAUCAGAGUCUGCGCAACUCAGCGUUCUUCUCGUCGUCUGUGCGAAGUUUAUGAAGCUACACUGCAAGAGGAAAAAAAACAUUCGUCAAUAUUGGCUGGCAGUGCCAGGGGUGGUGCCCUCACAGGUAUAGGUGGCUAUCUCUUGGGUGUGUAAACAGGCCUAGGGGUGCAACAUGAAUUUCAAAUUCACCUAUAGCGAAAUAGAGGAACUUGGGGGCAACUUGCCCAUGAAGAAAAGGAAGUCACGCUUCACCUUCGAUGAAGUCCAUCUGUUGCUGUCUGAGGUCAAAAGAAACAGGCACAUCCUCGUAAGCAAGUUCAACCAAGGCGCCUCGUCAGACCUGAGGAAGCGAACAUGGGCGGACAUCGCGAUUUGCAUCAACAAUAUCAGCGAGUGCCAACGGGAGGUCAUGGAGAUCGUCAAGAAGUGGGCGGACCUAAAGUGCGACGCCAAGCGCAGGAUGGUGGCCAUGCGAGGGCCUAAUGGCGUCCGUAUCUCCCAGAACCUGUCGCCGGUGGAGAGAAUGGUGCACGAAAUACUAGCCACGUCCCCUCCGAACAAGGCCACCAUGGGCAGUAUGAAUCAUGAACCUGAGGAGAAUGACUUUGGUGACAUGUCAGAAAUGUCGACUCGCUCCUCUGGCACCUCUAAUGGUAUGGCUGGCCUUCAUCAUAUGGGUAUGCCCGGCACCACCCCCCACGCCAUGGGCUUGUCUAUGUCACCUUUCACAACUCAAGAUAAAGAUAUUGGCAUGUUUUCUCGGAUGCCAUUUGGCCGGGAUCCUUCUCAGUCGUUUCAUGAUUUUUCAUUCAUGACACCAGUCGAUGAAGACAACAGUCUAGGAUUUGAGGACCUAGAAGAGGACCUGCGGCACAUGGACUCCUUCCGCCCUCCUGCUGAACCUCGUCGCACCUACUCCAGAUUCGCCGCCUCUUCCACCGCUGUGUCUUCCUCCAUGGCUACUUCCUCGUCCUCCCUCCCAGCUCCCUCCUCUUCCUUUCUCCCUGCUCCUCCCUCCUCUUCUACCUCUCCAGGGUCAGUCAUGGGGCAGGGGGCAAUCCGGAAGCAGCUAGCCCACAGUGCCUCCCUCAGUCUCAAGGAGCAGAAGGCCACUACUGCCCUGCUAGGGGCCGUGUCGGGGUCUCUGGAGGCCUUGGCCCAGUCCGUGCAGCAGCUGGUGGAGUCGCAGCAGGAGUUUGUACGCGACUCCCUGGAGAUGCAGCGAGAGACUGUGAGCGUCUUGCGAGACUUCUCCACCAAUGCCCUGGCUCUCCUGCGGGACAAGGUCAAUGGCCACCCGCCUUCUUAACUCCCAGUUCACCUACAGAACCCAACACAACAUACACACGGACCCUACCUGUGAAGUGCUUGCCUGUGGACUGAGAUCAUGUCAUUAAUACUGUUUGCGGAUUCACCUAGAGAAUGAGUAUGCUGCCACUAGUAUAGAGUACUGAAUAGCAGGAAGCUAAAAUAAAAUUAUGAAUAUCUUUAUAUACUGGAGAUGAGCUUUCUAACUAGUGACUGUUUUGUGAUACCUUUGAUGAUAAAGAGCAAUGCAUCCACGUGUCAUGGUUCCAGAACUAUGGUAAAUAAAAUAAAUUACUGAAUGGAACAAGAGUGGACAUAGCAAGGAUGUCUGUCAAAGAAAAACUUGUGCAAUACUCUAAAAAUGCUUUUUGAGGGUAAGCGAACUUUAUCUGAGCCUGUUUUGUUUUACAUGGCCUCAUUUGUAGGUUUCCUCUAAGAAGUAUGCAAAGACCGGUCAUCCAAACACUUCAAGCAUAACCAGCCACAUUUCUAGAUUAAUUUGGGUAUAUCGAUUAGAUUACAAAAAAAAGAGCAGCACAUACAUGUGGAAGGUAUGAAUGAGUUUUCGUCUGCCAACCUCUCAUAUUGCUAUCCAAAGGUUAGGUGGUUUGGUUUUUGAACUGGCAAUAAAUCCCACUACAACUACGAGACGACUAAAUAGAAACUGGCCAUAUUUGUAGCAUUUGCACUUCAAUUUAAUGUAUUUUCAUUUUGUAUUGAGUUUAAAUUAUAUUGAGUGUCCAACUUUUUAGGAAAGUUUUGCGAAUGUUUUAGAUAUAUUUUGUCAAUGCUGAAGAAAUGUUUUUAUGAAAAAGUAACCUUUUCACUGAACUUCAAUUAACUUUUGUUUUUCCAGACUGAAAGAUUUUUAAAACAUUCUCUAGACUACUGUACUGUAACAUGUAAUCUGUGACUCCUUUAACCAAAUCUUGAGAAUAAAACAACCUGUUUUGAACUUA